AUGAAACUCCUAAACAUUUACACAUCAUCUCUCCUUAUGGGAGCAACUUUCGUACAAGCUAUCUCAUCUAUCAACCAACCACGUCAAGAAGAACCCCCCAAACCACCCACAAAAAUCAUCGCCGGAGUCACAGUCCCAGACACCCCCCUCAUCACCGCAUCACUAGACUACGCCCGCAAAUACUCCGACGACAUGACCUACAACCACGUCAUCCGCUGCUGGCUCUUCGGCACCAUCGUCAUCGCCAAGUCCAACACCAACAUCGACCCCGAAGCGCACGCCGUAGCAACAAUCCUCCAUGAUCUAGGUUGGGACAACACUCUGGAACUUCGCUCCCCGGAUAAGCGCUUUGAAGUCGAUGGUGCGAUCGCAGCGAGGAAUUUUAUUGAGGAUGCCGUCAAGCAGGGGAUUACGGAUGGGAAAGAGUGGUCUGAGGAGCGGAAACAGCUUGUUUGGGAUGCGAUUGCUUUGCAUACUACGCCGAGUAUUUAUAGAUUUAAACAACCGUUGGUGAAUUAUACGGGAUUGGGGAUUGGUGCGGAUUUUAAGGGUCCGGACAGUGAUGCGACGAAGACGCUUACUUUGGAGGAGUUUGAGAGGGUUAAUAAGGAGUUUCCGAGAUUGGAUCUUGCGGCAGGUAUCAAGAAGACUGUGAGUACCCACUUUGUUCAAGAGUUGCAUCCUCUUUGGGCAAAUCCCAAAUUCGAACCCCUUACGACUUCAAUAAUAAUCUGUUAUUAUCAUUCUCUGGAUUCCUCUGCACAUAAACUAUUCCUAAGAAAAUACACUGACUCCCAAAUCCCACAGAUCUGUGAUCUUGCCACGACAAAACCAGCCACCACUUAUGGUAUGUAACAUCCAAUAAGAAAACAGAAACCGAGUGUUUUGCUAACUAUACCACAGAUAAUUUCAUGCAAUCAUUUGGUGAGGCGCAUGUACCAGGAUAUAAGGAAGGCUACCAAGGUAAACGUGGAAUUGACCUGGUUCUUGGUGCCAAAGGUUAA